AUGCUGUCUACUCUUCGCAUCGCCAGCCGUCAGGCUACCCAGCGCACGACCCUGGCUGUCGCCGCCGGCCGCGCCGCCGCCUCUACCUGGGCCAAUGUCCCUCAGGGCCCUCCUGAUGUGAGUGUCACUCGUGUUCGCGCCGCUCGGCGACAACUUCAAGCUCGGCUGUCCGGCCGCGCAAUUCUCGGCAUCACUGAAGCUUUCAAGGCCGACAGCUUCGACAAGAAGAUCAACCUCGGUGUUGGCGCCUACCGUGAUGACAAGGGAAAGCCUUAUGUCCUGCCCUCCGUUCGCGAGGCCGAGCAAAAGGUCAUUGACGAGAAGUUGAACAAGGAGUACGCCGGCAUCACUGGUGUUCCCGAGCUUCCUCCCCUGGCUGCCAAGCUCGCCUAUGGCGAGAGCUCGUCUGCCCUCGACCGUCUGGCCAUCACCCAGUCCAUCUCCGGCACCGGUGCCCUACGCAUUGGCGCCGACUUCCUCGCCCGCUUCUACCCCGGCGAGAAGAAGAUUUACAUUCCCACCCCGUCCUGGGCCAACCACAAGGCCGUCUUCACCGAUGCCGGCCUCAAGGUCGAGCAGUACCGCUACUACAACAAGGACACCAUUGGCCUCGACUUUGAGGGCAUGGUUGCCGACAUCAAGGCCGCCCCCAAGGGCAGCGUCUUCCUUUUCCACGCCUGCGCUCACAACCCCACCGGUGUCGACCCCACGCAGGAGCAGUGGAAGCAGCUCUCCCAGAUCACCAAGGAGCAGGGCCACUUUGCCUUCUUCGACAUGGCUUACCAGGGAUUCGCCAGUGGCAACAUUGACCAGGACGCCUUUGCCGUCCGCUACUUUGUCGAGCAGGGCCACAACAUUGCCCUGUGCCAGUCUUUCGCCAAGAACAUGGGUCUCUAUGGUGAGCGUCUCAAGAUCAUCAUCCGCCCCAUCUACUCUAACCCUCCCAUUCACGGCGCCCGCAUCGCCUCCACCAUUCUCGCCGACCCUAAGCUGCGCGAGCAGUGGCUCGCCGAGCUCAAGAGCAUGGCCGACCGCAUCAUCACCAUGCGCGCUCUCCUGAAGGAGAACCUCGAGAAGCUUGGCUCCAAGCACGAUUGGUCCCACAUCACCUCGCAGAUUGGCAUGUUCGCCUACACCGGCCUGACCGCCGAUGAGAUGACCAAGCUUGCCACGGAGUUCUCCGUCUACGCCACCAAGGACGGCCGCAUCUCCGUCGCUGGUAUCACCAGCGAGAACGUCGGCCGUCUUGCCGAGGCAAUUUUCAAGGUCAAGGGUUAA